AUGAAGAGCUCUGUUCCAAUUCCGUCAGAUGUGUGGGAGGAGAAGAAAGCCUUGAUUGCGGCUCUAUACAAGGACGAAGAAUGGCCCCUCAAGCAAGUCAUCAAGAAGAUUCGUUCUGAUAACUUUAAUCCAAGCGAGACCCAGCUACGAAGCAGGCUUAAGAAGUGGCGUGUUACCAAGCCCUCUCGACAGACAAGAAAAAGAUCUCACGAACCGGUUAUCAAGGAUACUAUGCGCGAGACGAAUUCACCCAAGGGUCACUCCAACAACAGCUCCCCAAAGCCGCAAACGCGCGUGCGCCCCUUGCCAACUACAGCCAGGGGCCCCGCUACAGAGUUGGAGUGGUAUAUGACCAACAGACAAUACGAAGCGAACGGUUUGCCCACAACAAUACCCCUUGGUGGACACGAUAUUCCCGAUGUCUGGGCUCCUGCAUCGACUCAUCCCUCCUCACCUCUAAGCUCUCCAAGCAAGUCUCGCGUGAAUUCUCAUGCUUCUCUGGCAAUUCUUACCUCGUCCUCGUACGAACCAUCUCAAACGUCACCACUGGUGGAUGGUGCGCUGCUCAAUCCUACACCUGCAAUGACUCCGACCUACGCGGAUGGAUCCUAUUCUCUCACCACUGAGUCUUGCAUGCAGACGCCCGUGUCUGCCGCAGCAGGCCCACCGGUCCAAUGGGCCUUGCCUCAAUGGUACACAAUGCCCAUGGAGGCGAGCACUCGGGCUUCAUCAAUACCAUUCUACACCACGGGGCCUUUGACCCCACCAAUCGACCCAAUGAUGCAAAUGGUACCUCCACAAUUUCCCCAGCAUAUACCAGAGUAUCAUGAGGACCUGAAGGCAUGGAAACGCAGCAUGUCUGCACCGUACGGCCCAGGGGUAGCUGCCCAUAUGAACCACAAUGCGAGGCAGCGAAAACCUUUGGAGCGAAAAGUGUCUUUACCCUCCAAGAUUAUCACCGGCCAGCCACCGUCUGGAAUGGUUACGCCAACUUCUCCUUACUUUCCCCACGGGCAACAUCCUACCUUGUGUUCGCCAGGCUAUACGUAUCCUGGACCAGAAUCACUGUCACACAGGUCCAGCAUUGAAUUCUGA